GUUUCUGUACAGCACUUCGAGAUAUUAGCUGAUGUACGAAGGGCUAUAUAAAAUAAACUUGAUUGAUUGACUUGGAAUAUACUUUGAAUUGACGUCUAUGUCAGUGGGACAGUUGGCUACCUUCGACCUCUAAUCUGUCAAAUGUAUUGCCAAAACUGUUCAUUUGAGGUUAGGUUUCGCAGGGGCCGAGAGACACGACGAAAUAAUUUAUCAAAGCAGUGUUUGUGAGACCCCUCACUGUUGCAAGUGCUCAGUCAUUCUAGCAAUGCAGAAGUCUAGUAUGUACGUGAACCCCUUGGCGCUCAUAUUCUCCGCUGCGCGCAGCUCCUUCACAGUGGAAAACUGAUAUACAGACCUACACUUUUUUAAAGUAGGAAACUUUAUAAAGCUAUCUGGGAAGGCUACAUACUAAAAGCAUUGGAUGUCAAAUUUGACAAAUUUAACCAUAAAGAUGUGUUCCUUUGCGGAUUGCCUCUCUAGGUGGCUAGUUGCGGUUUUGAUGCUCUUGGUCAUACUUUUACCAGCUCAAGCGGGAAAGUGCCCAAAGUUCUGCAUCUGCGACAACUCCCAACUCACCAUGGCCUGUAUCGGCAAGAAUCUGACUCAGGUUCCCCCCACGAUAGAUGAGAUUACAGUGAAACUGGACCUGAGUAAAAACGAUAUCCAGGUGCUGCCGACCCAUGCGUUCCUGCACAUCCCGCACCUCACGCACCUCACCCUGCAGCGGUGUAACAUCAGGGCGGUGCGUGAGGGGGCCUUCCGCACCCUGGGGCGCCUGGUCUCCCUCAACCUGGCCAACAACAACAUCGAGAUCCUUUACCAGGAGUCUUUUGACGGCCUGUCAUCCCUAAAGCAGCUGACGUUGGACCAUAACCGUGUUGAGGAGAUCCAGCCAGGGGCCUUCACUCAGCUGGGCUUCCUCAACAUGCUGUCCCUCACACAUAACCAGCUGGUGUACAUCCCCAACAUGGCCUUCCGGGGCCUGCACAACAUCAAGUGGCUGCGUCUCAGUCGCAACUCCCUCAACAACCUGGCCAUGGAGGCCUUCGCUGGCCUCUUCACCGUCACACGCCUCAGCCUCGACCACAAUGAGCUGCAUUUCUUCCCCACACAGACUAUGACCCGACUGGCUCAAGUCACCCGCCUGGACCUGAGCUACAACCUCAUGACCUACCUGGGUGAGGAUACUGUCUCCAUGCCGAAGCUCACCCACCUCUACCUGGACCACAUGUCUCUCCAGGACCUCUCAGACACAGCCAUGUCCCAGGCCCCCCUUCUCUCCCACCUGGACCUCAGCCACAACCAGCUGCGCUACCUGGAGCCCCUCUCUGGCCCCAUGGAGCUAGCACGCCUCAACCUAACAGGAAACCCCAUCCACUGCAACUGCUAUCUGAGGCCCCUGAAGGAGUGGGCCAAGAAAGGGAAGGUGAAGUUGAUGGGGGUCUGCGCGGGUCCCCCUCACCUCUCUGACGAGCCUCUGGAGGCAGUGGGGCCUAUGGAGCUGCGCUGCCGGAGCAGGGAGGACAUGAUAAAGGAGGAGUUUGAAGAGCAGGAAGAGAGCAGGGAGCGUGCACUGCCCACAGCCAAGCCUAAGAAGAAGAGCAAGUGUCCAGAUAACUGUGACUGCGAUGUGAAGGCUCAGCACGCCACAUGUGAGAACCGUGGUCACACCAAAGUCCCCUACGGCUUCCCCUCUAAUACCCAGCUCCUGGACCUGCGCAGCAACCACUUCCAUUACGUCCCUAGCAACAGUUUCCCCGGCACAGACCAGGUGGUCUCUCUGCAUCUGGAGCACUGCAAGGUCCGUGAGAUCGAAGGCAGUGCCUUCCGGGGCAUGAAGGGCCUGGUCUACCUCUACCUGUCUGACAAUGACCUCACCUCCCUGGGCUCAGAUUUCACUGGGGCCCCUGAACUCACCUACCUUCACCUGGAAGGGAACCAGCUGGCCAUGUUCCCUGGAGCUGCCCUGGCCCCCCUGCCUAGCCUGCUUGUGCUCCACCGGAACACUGUCAGUAAGCUGGAGCGGGCAGGCCAGCUCUCCUCAGUCCCCAAGCUGAGAGGACUCUACCUGACCAAUAGCACCAUAACCACUAUAGCCCCCGGCGCUCUCAAGUCCGCCCACCUAAAUACUCUUCAUCUGGGGUCAAAUCAGCUUGCUGAGGUGCCUACCGACGGGCUGUCCAAGGCCUCCAGUUUGAUCGAGCUCUACCUCUCCAGAAAUUCCAUUUGCUGGGUCGGACCAAAGGCGUUCCUUCCUGUGUCUAAGAGCCUAAGGCAGCUGUAUAUGGAUGACAUGGMUCUGGAGAAGAUGUCCAAAGACUCCCUGGCGGGGCUGGGCUCUGGGCUGACCACUCUGUCUCUGGGGGGGAACCAGCUGGAGGAGCUGCCUGACCUGAGCCCACUCACUGGGCUGGAGGUCAUCCACCUGGCCCACAACCCCCUGCUAUGUGAUUGCACCUUGCUGCCACUCCGCAGGUGGAUGGAGAAUGUCUGAAGAGGCUAAACCCAUGCCAACCAAGCCCAAAGCCAAGCCUCUGAAGAACCCUAAGGCACCAGCAUCACAAAAAAAACAAGAAGACUGUAAUAAAAAGUAGGAAAUCAGUGAUGUAAAUGGUUAUAAGUCUACUGCUUGGACAGAACUCUAUAUGUACCAAACGGACAAGUGCUAUUUCAUCUCACCUCACUGAAUGUAAUUUGAGCAUGCAGAAAUGUGUUUUACAUUUUUUAUUUGUGAGUCUUGAAGUUCAUUUUCUGAUUUGAUUUUCAGUCUAUUUUAGUACCUGGAUGCCGGGAUGCAAGAGACCCAAAGCCCUAUUUGCAGUACCAUAUAUUUCCACCAAGUGUCACAUGAUGCAAUUAGAUUUUUCUGCUCUAGUUCGACCAACUUUUCUAUUACACAUACAAUGUUAUGUUUCAUAUAUAUUUCAUAUAUAUCCUUUGUGCAAAUGAAGAACAAGGCUGAAUAUAUGUGUAAGGUUGCUGCAUUUUCAGCUGUUACAUACCGCUUAGAUGCAUGUAAAUCAAUGCACAUUGGCUUCUUGCUCAUUAAAUCUGCUACAACACUAAA